AUGGCUUGUGCAGAGGCGUUGAAGGACGAUCCUCAGAACACUGUGACCAUCAUCGAACGAACAAAGUGCUGUGGAGGUAUGGCAACGUCUGAGGAGAUUGACCCAAAGCGCUUUGGUGCAAGCUUCAUCAACGACGGAGUCCAGGGCGCGAGUCCUCAGUUUAGCAAUACAUAUGCAGUCUUUGAUCUCCUUGGGUUUAAACCAUCUGAGGUAAAGAUGCAAGUCAGCUUUGGGAGGGACCCAGAAGAGGACUUUUGGAGCAACGUCUUUCCAUCCGCCGUGAUCGACAAAUAUGCCAAGGAUAUCAAAAAGUUUGGCUGGGUCCUCAAGGUGAUCAAGUCGGCAGAACCACUCUUUGGGCUCAUUCCAGUGGACGUCAUGCUCAAGAUGUUUGGAUUCUCACAAGGCUUUGGCGAUGUCAUCGUGUAUCCACUCGUCGCCCUCUUUAUGGGAACUGGUCAACAAACUCCAUACGUCUCCUCGGUCAUUCUCGAGCGAUUAUUCCUCGACCCCUCGAUGAAGCUUUUUGAUUACUCACCAGAUUCAUUUCUAGAUUCUAUUCCUCCAAUGCGUGCCUUUCCAAGACUCUCAGAAGUGUACUCCACAUGGCAAACGAGGUUGACCGAUGCAGGAGUGUCAAUCAUGCUUGAGACCCAAGCCACGGCAGUGAAACGAGCAAAAGACAAGGUCACUGUGACAAUUCAGAGUGUCAAGAAUGCCAACACUCUCCGAGAAGGGGAAAUCCUCGGCCCUGAGACUGAGAUGGAAUUCGACGAGAUUGUCUUUGCGUGUGAUGCCGAUACGGCGCUUACUAUUCUCGGAACAAACGCCACAGUGAUGGAGAAAAAGGUUCUGGGGAAUGUCAAGGCGAGUUUCUCGUGCACUGACAAAGACGCAUCUCACCCUCAACAGUACCUAUAUGACGUUUCAGUCACACAUUGUGACAGAGAGUAUAUGGAGAAGUAUUAUCGACUUCAGUUUGAUGAAAAGCUCUUCUCCGAGCAGCGAAAAGACGAUCCAAAAGAGAGAGGAAAGGCAGAGUUUGCCAAAGAGAACUUUAAACCCCUCUAUUUUAUCCGGAGCUACCCAUCAGACAAGAAGAAGAUUGAGAUGAGCUUUGACCUGACACACUAUCAACCUCAAUUCGAUUCACAAGACAAUAACCCAAAUCCUGAACACGUCUACCAGACUAUUUUCCUUGACAAGGAUGACAGUAGUCACCUGUGGACAGAGGAUGAGAUCAAUCCGAACAAUAUCAUCUUGAAGAAAUGGUGGAAGCAGCAGAGUCAUCGUUGGCAGCAUUAUGGCUUCACCGUCCCAUGGAUGAUGUGGAUCAACAGCAAGAAUCGCACGCACUAUUGUGGCGCAUGGACUGUGCUCAAUAUGCACGAAAUCGCGAUUGCUUCCGGAUUUGCGGUUGCAUAUCGACUUGGUGCAAAGUACCCUUUCAAAGACGACGACCAAGCGCGAAGGAUGUUUGCGCUUGUGCUUGGUGCAAGUCACGGUGUACGAAUGCGCAAGGAGGAUCGAAAGGGUUUCUUCUACUAA